AUGGCAUCGGCAGCGCCUAAUGUCGAUCUCUUCGAUGCUUAUUUCCGACGAGCAGAUUUGGAUCGAGACGGCCGUAUCAGCGGUGCCGAGGCUGUCUCCUUCUUCCAAGGCUCCGGAUUGCCCAAGCAGGUCCUUGCACAGAUUUGGGCAUUUGCAAACCAAAGCCAGAGUGGUUUCCUUGGCCGGGCAGAGUUUUACAAUGCCCUCAAACUUGUUACUGUGGCACAAAGUAGGCGCGAACUAACCCCCGAAAUGGUAAAAGCAGCAUUGUAUGGCCCGGCUGCAUCUAAGAUUCCUGCACCUCAAAUUAAUUUCAGUGCCACAGUUGCGCCCCCUGCAUCUGCACCUACACCUACACCUACACCUACUCCUGUAUCUGCACCUGCACCUACACCUGUAUCUGUAUCUGCACCUGCACCUUCACCUAGACCUGCACCACAGGUUGGCUCUGUUAAUCCUUUAUCCCAUCAAAAUCUUGGACCGAGGGGGGCAGUUCCAUAUCUGAGCAGUAACCAACUAAACCUUCCUUCUCCGGGAAGUCAGUUAGUGAGGCCUCCAGCUUCUAAUCUACCACUUGGUGUUGCCAGUCAAGGAAUGGCUGUUCGCCCUGAAACCCUCAGCAUGUCAGGUUAUGGGUCCACUGGGAACAUGGGUGGUGCUCCAGAAGUAACUUCCUCUCCUAUAGCAGUCAGAGGAAGUAGUUCCCCAUCAACGCAGGGAGGGUUUGGGCUUGCAACCUUUGGAUCAAAUGCGGUACGGGCACCUGGCCAAUAUCCUGCCUCCAGCAUAAGGCCAUCAGAUCAAAUGGUUAAGGAUUCUAAACCAGUCAAUAGUUCUGUUAAUGGUAAUGCCUCCGAUUCAAAUUUUGGAGGAGAUUUGUUCUCAGCUAGUUCAUUUCAGCCCAAGCAAGUUUCUUCUCCACAAGGAUAUGCUUCUGGCAGUUCAGUGCUUUCUUCAGCUAUUGUUCCUGUGUCUGGAGGAAACCAGCCUUCCAUUAGGAGUAGUACCUCUGAUUCUUUGCAGGGCUCACUUGUAACCCAGCCUGUUGGUUCCCAGCUUCAGCAAGUCCAGCCUGUGGUAAAGCAGGACCAACGUGUCGCAGUCCAAACACAUAGUAUGCUGAAUUCAUCUGGACUUCCUGGGAGAUUGCAUGAUUCUGCUUCCACUCAGCCCCAAUCUCCAUGGCCAAGGAUGGCACCAACUGAUGUUCAGAAAUAUAUGAAAGUAUUCAUGGAAGUAGACACAGAUAGAGACGGGAAAAUCACUGGGGAGCAAGCACGGAACUUGUUUCUUAGUUGGAGGCUACCAAGAGAGGUUUUAAAGCAGGUCUGGGACUUAUCCGAUCAAGAUAAUGAUAGCAUGCUUUCUCUCAGGGAGUUUUGUAUUGCAUUGUAUCUAAUGGAGCGACACAGGGAAGGACGUGUUCUUCCAGCAGUACUUCCAAAUAACAUCAUGGUUGAUUUACCAACUGCUGUUCAACCUGCUGCUCCCUACAGUGCUGUACCUUGGGGAAAUCCAUCAGGUUUUCAACAAGGGAUGACUGGUUCUGGAACUCGACAAGUGAAUCCUGCUGCAGGUCGACCGCCAAGGCCAGCUGCUGUCUCUCAGUCUGAUGAAGAACCUGAGAACAAGCCAGAGAAAUCUAGAAUUCCAGUCUUAGAGAAGCACCUCAUAACUCAGCUGAGUUCAGAUGAGCAAAAUUCAAUUAAUUCAAAGUUUCAAGAAGCAACGGAAGCUGAUAAGAAGGUGGAAGAACUUGAGAAAGAAAUUGCGGAGUCCAAAGAGAAAAUAGAUUUCUACCGUGCAAAAAUGCAAGAACUUGUUCUGUACAAAAGCAGAUGUGACAAUCGGCUUAAUGAGGUCAUAGAAAGAAUAUCAGCUGAUAAACACGAGGUUGAGAUUCUAGCAAAGAAAUAUGAAGAUAAAUGUAAGCAAGUAGGAGAUUUGUCAUCCAAGUUAACUACUGAAGAAGCCACAUUUCGUGACAUACAGGAGAAAAAAAUUGAAUUGUAUCAAGCAAUUGUCAAGAUGGAACAGGAUGGAAAAGGUGAUGCAACUCUGCAGGCUCAUGUUGGUCAUAUCCAAACAGACCUUGAUGAGUUAGUGAAAUCUCUGAAUGAGCGGUGCAAGAAGUAUGGAUUACGAUCUAAGCCCACAACAUUACUGGAGCUACCAUUCGGCUGGCAACCUGGUAUCCAAGAAGGAGCUGCCGACUGGGAUGAAGAUUGGGAUAAGCUUGAAGAUAAAGAAUUUGUGUUUGUCAAAGAACUCACUCUCGAUGUGCAAAACACUAUAGCGCCUCCAAAGCAAAAGUUGCCUUCAGCUGUGAACACAAAAGAUGUGAACGCAAAAGAUGUGAGCAAUGAAGUUGUGAACACAGAAGCUGUGAACAUAAAAGCUGUGAACACUGACAGUCCUACAUUUGCAGCUUCUCCUAAGAGUGAUGAUAAGUCAGAAAAGCCACAGACUACCAAUGAACAGGGAGUUGGCAAUGGAUCUGUUUAUAACAAAAGUGAGGAUGGAUCAGCAAAAAGUGCUCCCAAUAGUCCUUUUGCCGGCAGUGCUAUUGGAAGUCCGCAUGGGGACUUUGCUGAUUCUGACUUUAGAAAGACAGCUGGUGAAGAUAGCUCACCCCGUGAUCAAGAUCCCAUACAAGAAACCCAAAGUGAUCGUGGUGGUGUCAAGUCUCUAUUUUCUGGGGACAAAAAUUUCGAUGAACCAAAUUGGGGAACCUUUGACACUAAUGAUGAUAUUGAUUCAGUUUGGGCAUUCAAUGCCAGUAGCACCACUAAAGAGGAGAGAGAUUUUGAAGGCGCUGGAGACAACUAUUUCUUUGAUUCUGGAGAACUAGGCUUAAACCCCAUUAAAACAGGUUCACCACAGGUUGGUGAUCUCUUCCAGAGGAACACUGGAUUCAGUUUUGAUGAUUCUGUUCCAAGCACGCCACUUUUUAGCUCAAGCAGCUCUCCGCAAAGGCCAAAAGAGUGGUUGGAAUCUGCUUUUGACUUCUCAAGAUUUGAUUCUUUCAGAACACAUGAUAGUGUAUCAUUGCCUGCUCGGGAGACGACCGAACAAUUUGAUUCAGUGCGCAACAGUGUGGAUUUUGAUCAUGUUCAUGGGUUUCCAGCAUUUGAUGACUCGGAUCCCUUCGGCUCUGGGCCGUUUAGGACUUCAUCGGAUAGUCAAACUCCAAGAAGAGGAUCUGAUACUUGGAGCGCGUUUUAG